AAAAAUGCAUCAAUCACCUGCCUAAAUACAGCACACAAUCUGCCCUUUAUGCAGCUUUUAAUGAAGGGUUUUUGAACGUUUCAAAUAUUAUCAUUUCACUAUGUCUGCUAAAGGUUCUUGGCCUUCUUACAAUGUACGAAGUUUUCUGGAACUAAUUCAUCGUUACAGAGGCAGCUCCGGCAAUGUUUCUCACAGCCGCGGGUCUGGUUCUACAGUGUCCAAGAUCGGACAAGGUUUAUCGAUGCACCAAAGAUUACAGUUAAUCGUUGCCAAUAGCAAUAAAUGGAGACGAUCUCAUUUCAACAUGAUGAAGAGCGACAAGGUUGCACCACCGGUUCCAAAUCCUCCUGGAAGCAACUUCCCGACUUGGGCAAAAUGGAUCUUGGGAUCUAUACUGUCCAUCCUCCUGCCUUUCUGGAAGCAAAAAAGGGAGGAGCUGAAAAGGAUAGAAGGAGAGGCGGAUAUUAUUGUAGACGAGGUUGAACAUGUAGCUGAGGAGAUAGAAAAGGUAGCAACAGUGGCGGAGAGGGUAUCAGAAGAGGUGGCAGAAGUGCUGCCUGAAAACGGAAAACUGAAGGAAACAGCUUUGUUGAUAGAACACGUUACGAAAGCAACUGCACAUGAUGCUAAACUAACUCAAGACUUUAUUCACAAGAUAAAACAUGCAGGUGGAUGCUGUGAAGCAUGACAUUGAUGACUUGAAGAUAAUGGUUGACCCUGUAAUAGAAAAGAUUGUGCAGCAAAACUCUCGAGGAAAGUAGAAAGGGAGAGAUUAUCAGUUGCCACUAUUAACACAAGCAAAAGCAUAUGUUUCUUUGCAUUAAGAAAUGAAUCUAUAUGGACCUCCUCCAGUUCUCUGUAAUUAUGCAAUCAUUCAUAUUUGAGAAUGCUUAUCAGAGAUAAUGUUAAUUUCAUUAUAAAACAAA